CACUUCAUCGCCCGGACUGAGACAUCACCUCAAGCCGGCGGCCUCUCUGCUGCAGCUGCCCACAUCACCUUUGGUCUCUCUUUUUCGAACUAUAUACAUUCUCUAAACCUGAUACUUACAUCUUCCUGGAAGACGUCCCAUUUCAUACAUCCACAAUUUCAUCCAUUCGUUCACAACCCGCCCUAAUUGAAAACAUCAGCCCUUAACCUAGAACAAUCGUCUUCCCCUGGUGAAACGGGGGAGAGAGAAAGGGAGACAGAGACAGAGAAGGAAACACCCCGUCAGACGGCAGCAAUGUCCUCGCGCGAACCGGAACCGCUCCUCCACCGCCCUCCCUCGCAAAACUCCGCCGACACCCAACAUGGCCUCGAAGAGGAAGAUGCCCUCCUCACCGGCCACCGCACCGGCAAACAAGCCGACACAGACGGCACCAGUCCCCGCCGGAAAUGGCGCGAGAUAGGGUUCUUCGUCUGGGCGCUCCUCGCUACGAUCGUGGUCGUCGUGCUCGCCGUCGUCCUCCAGCAGCAGGUCUCGCGGGUAGGCGGAGAUCCGGAUGAUGGGAACAACAACGGCGGGAAGGAGGGAGGGAAAAUCACGGGGAAGAGGAAUCUCAUCUUUAUGGUCUCGGACGGGAUGGGACCUACGAGUCUGGCCCUCACCCGGAGCUGGAGACAGUAUACCGAGGGUCUUCCCUGGGGCGCGGAGACGCUCGUCCUCGAUCGCCAUCUCAUCGGACAGAGCCGCACGCGGAGUUCGAGCUCGUUGGUGACGGACUCGGCCGCCGGCGCGACGGCGUUCUCGUGUGGAAUCAAAUCCUACAACGGGGCGAUUUCGGUCUUGCCGGAUCACGGCCCUUGUGGGAGUGUCAUGGAGGCGGCGAAGCGGAUGGGUUAUACGACUGGAUUGGUGGUCACGACGCGCAUCACCGAUGCGACUCCCGCGGUGUUCGUCAGCCAUGUGCGGACGCGCAGCAUGGAGGACGAGAUUGCGCUGCAGUUGAUCGGGGAGACUCAUCCGCUGGGGAGGAUGGUGGAUUUGGUGCUCGGUGGAGGGCGAUGUCAUUUCCUCGGCAAUGAGACGCUGGGGAGCUGCCGUGCUGAUGAUGUCGAUGUUGUGGAGACGGCGAAGAAUUCAGGUUGGAAUUAUAUCGAUAACCGGGACGAUUUCGACAAUCUCGGCACGGAUGCGGUGUUGCCUCUCCUCGGCCUGUUCGCCGGUGGUGAUGUGCCCUACGAGAUCGACCGUCGCUUCCAGGAAGAGGAAUACCCGUCCCUCGAACAAAUGACCCGCACCGCGCUGAAACUCCUCGAAUCCGCCACGCAAGACUCGGAACAGGGUUUCUUCGUGAUGAUCGAAGGCUCACGGAUCGACCACGCCGGCCACGCCAACGACCCGGCCGCCCAGGUGCACGAAGUCCUCGCCUACGACCGCGCCAUGUCCGUGGUCCUCGACUUCAUCGAAUCCACCGACGUCCCCACCCUGAUGGUCAGCACGUCCGACCACGAGACGGGCGGCCUGGCCACCGCCCGCCAACUCCACACCACCUACCCGGAAUACCUCUGGUACCCGAGCGUGCUCGCCAACGCGACGCACUCGGCCUCCUACACGGCGCACGCCUACCACGACUACCUCAUCUCCCACCAGUCCACUUCUUCCUCCUCCCCCGAGGAAGAAACCUCCUCCGCCGCCAAAGACAAGAAGCUCACCUCCUACCUGAAAUCCCUCCUCGCCACCUCCCUCGGCAUCACCGACCCCUCCUCCUCCGAGCUCACCGCCCUCAUCACCGACCCGGACUACGCGGCCUACAGCCUCGCGGAGAUGAUCUCGCGGCGGGCCCAGCUGGGCUGGUCGACGCACGGCCACAGCGGCGCCGACGUCAACAUCUACACGUCGGACCCCUCCCUCGCCGGCCCCAGCCUCAGCGGCAACCGCGAGAACACCGACGUCGGCGCCUUCCUGCGGUCCUUCCUCGACCUGGACGCCGAGGUCGAGAAGGUCACGCGCGAGCUCCGGCGCCACGCGGCUUCCCUGGGCGCCGUCAGCGAAGAGGCCUUCCUGGGCCCGGUCCCGCCUGGCGCCGAGCGUCUGGACGGCCAGGACCACUUCGAGCAUUACACCGGCGACCAUAAGAUGCACCGUCGCGGCGUGGUCGAGCCCGGGGCGUGUUCGUGCGGCUUGUAGUAUAACUGCUGUUGUUGUUGUGCCUGGUGAGACCUUUGAGGUUCCCACCCCGACCUUUCUUUACAAUUUGUUGUCAGGGUUUAAUAUCAUCAUGAUCCUUUAUUCCUUUUGAAGCGCGGUUCCAAGGUCGGUGGGCGGUGACGAUGACCGAUCAAUAGAGAGAGAGAGAGAGACCAACUGGAAUUGAACGGGCCCAGAUCCCCAAACGAAUGAAAAUCAAAAUAAAACCGGGGAGACAAUCCGAACUCGU